UAAAAUUGGGUUUCGCCUUCUGUUAUCCGACCUCCCUCUUGCACAAAGUAUCUUAUAAUCUUACGAAUUGGAGCAAAUCCCUAAUUUCCCAUUCUUCCCCAAACCCUACAACGAAAACCCAAAUUCAGAUUUUGCUGCUCUCUAAUUCUUCUCAAAUCAAAGACCCUUGUGUUUUGCAUUUCCUCAACGUGCUACCUUCAUAUAGUUUUAUUUUUAAAGUCAAAUUGAGAAGAUAAUGGAAGGUAUAGCACACCCAAUACCCAGAACGGUAGAAGAGGUCUUCAAUGACUUAAAGGGCAGACGCUCUGGCUUGAUUAAGGCUCUCACCACUGAUGUUGAGAAGUUCUUCCAACAGUGUGAUCCUGAGAAGGAGAACUUAUGCCUAUACGGACUUCCGAAUGAGACAUGGGAAGUUAACUUGCCUGUUGAGGAGGUGCCUCCUGAGCUUCCAGAGCCUGUGUUGGGCAUAAACUUUGCUAGAGAUGGAAUGCAGGAAAAGGACUGGCUAUCAUUGGUUUCAGUUCACAGUGAUUCAUGGUUGCUUGCUGUUGCUUUCUAUUUUGGUGCACGAUUUGGGUUUGGCAAGAAUGAGAGGAAAAGACUCUUCCAGAUGAUAAAUGACCUUCCAACCAUAUUUGAAGUUGUCACAGGAAAUGUCAAGCAACCGAAAGACCAAUAUGCCAAUCACAAUGGCAGCAGCAAAAGCAAAUCAAGUGUUAAGGCGUCUCGCCAAUCCGAACCCCAGAGUAAGAUAGUAAAGAUGUCUCCGCCAUCAAAGGACGAGGAUGAGAGUGGGGAAGAAGACGAAAAGGAUGAUGAACAGGGUGCCUCCUGUGGUGCAUGUGGGGAUAGCUAUGGCACCGAUGAGUUCUGGAUUUGCUGUGAUAUCUGCGAGAGAUGGUUUCAUGGAAAGUGCGUGAAGAUUACGCCUGCAAAGGCCGAACAUAUCAAGCAGUAUAAGUGCCCAAGUUGCACUAGCAAGAGGGCUAGAGUUUGAAAGUAGGUCCAAAACCGGAGUUAUAACCAGUUGAGAUGAAGCAGGUAAGGUUCAUAGCUUUUGUUGUCACAGUUUGGAAGUAAAACAGAGUAGCCCUUUUAGUUGUUGACUGCAGAUGGGAUUUUAAGUUUUGCUACUCUUGGCAUUUGCUAUGUUUAAUUUUAUUGGAAAUUGUGUUAUAAACUGAUGCUGGUGACUUGGAAUAUAUAUAUAUAUAUACAUAUAUAUGAGAUAA